CAAAAAACAUUGCUGUUUGCUUGUGACACUAGUUUGUGCUAAGUGUUAAAGUUAUUGUCUACCGAUAAUAAAAAAAUAUAUAUUCAUCCUAAUGGCUCAAAAAUAGUAUUUUAACGUUUUAAAGAAUAAUCUUUUUAAUCGAUACAUAAUUCAUUUGUAAUACUUUUCAUUAUCCACUUUCAUCAUGCCGCGUAUUAUGAUAAAAGGUGGCGUUUGGCGCAACACCGAGGAUGAAAUUCUUAAAGCGGCGGUUAUGAAAUAUGGGAAAAACCAAUGGUCACGAAUUGCUUCUUUGCUCCAUCGUAAAUCUGCUAAACAGUGUAAAGCUCGUUGGUAUGAAUGGCUGGAUCCCAGCAUCAAGAAGACUGAGUGGUCUCGGGAGGAAGAUGAGAAGCUCUUGCACCUGGCCAAGUUGAUGCCAACACAAUGGAGGACCAUUGCUCCCAUUAUUGGUCGCACUGCAGCACAGUGUCUUGAACGAUAUGAAUAUCUACUUGAUCAAGCUCAAAAAAAGGAAGAAGGUGAAGAUGUUGGUGAUGAUCCGAGGAAGCUCAAGCCGGGUGAAAUUGACCCUAACCCAGAAACAAAACCAGCCAGACCUGACCCCAAGGAUAUGGAUGAAGAUGAAUUGGAAAUGCUGUCAGAAGCUAGGGCUCGUCUCGCCAACACUCAGGGUAAAAAGGCAAAGAGAAAGGCUCGUGAGAAACAAUUAGAAGAGGCUCGGCGACUUGCAGCCCUACAAAAGAGGAGGGAGUUGAGUGCUGCUGGCAUAUCUGUGCCUAUAAGGCGUAAAAAGAAACGUGGUGUGAAUUACAAUUCCGAAAUUCCAUUUGAAAAGAAACCAGCUGCCGGUUUUUAUGAUACCUCCACGGAGGUCGUUGAUCCUAUGGCACCGGAUUUCUCUAGACUGAGACAGCAACACCUUGAUGGGGAGCUACUGUCUGAGAAAGAAGAGAGGGAUCGCCGCAAAGACAAACAGAAGCUGAAACAGCGUAAAGAAAACGAUGUGCCACAAGCUAUGCUGCAGGGUGAUCAGCCAGCGAGGAAACGCAGCAAACUAGUGCUGCCUGAACCACAAGUUACUGAUCAGGAGUUACAGCAGGUAGUGAAGCUGGGUCGUGCGUCAGAGGAAGCUCGCGGGAGCGCGGUGGAGGGCGGCGCUACGGACGCCCUCCUGGCGACAUAUGCUCUAACACCUGCACCCGCCACCGCGCUUAGAACACCUGCACCUGCACAGGACAGGAUUUUAAUGGAGGCACAGAAUGUUAUGGCCCUGACACAUGUAGACACACCCCUGAAGGGUGGACUGAACACUCCUCUGCAUGAAUCAGAUUUCUCCGGAGCACUGCCACAGACACAGGUCGUCGCUACACCCAAUGCGGUGCUCUCCACACCAUUCAGGUCAUCGCGGACGGACGUAUCAACGCCAAACAGCUUUGCAACACCUGGCCCUGGAGGGCAAGCGACGAUAAUGACUCCAGGACUACGUGACAAACUUAGCAUAAACCCAGAAGACAGGUUAAUAGGAGACACGCCGCAACAAAACAACCAAAUACAGAAACAACUGAAGGCAUCUGUUCGUAACGCUCUGCAAUCCCUUCCCACUCCACGUAACGACUACGAGAUCGUAGUCCCCGAGGCGCGGGACGACAACGACACGGAGCGGGGGGACGACCUCGUGGACGAUCAGGCUGACGUCGAUGACAGGAUCCUCAGGGAACAAGAGGAGAAACGUCUAGCAGCCCUAGCGCUUCGGUCCAGCGCUAUAAGACGCGGUUGCGCCCGUCCGGCGGAGGUGGUUGGCGGAGCGGGAAGGACAGGUGGCGCCCUCACCUCACUACAGCGGGCCGAGGAACUGCUCAAGGCGGAAAUGUUAUCUAUGCUGCAUUAUGACGCAUUGCACGACCCUCCUCCCGGUGUGGACAAGAAGCGAGCGGUACAGUUACAGGCGUCACACUUGGCGUAUCUGGAACAGCAUCCUUACGAGCAGUUCACACGCGAGGAGCUGGACGCGGCGGAACAGGAGUUGAACAAGGAGAUGGAAGUAGUGAAGGCGGGUAUGGGCCAUGGAGAUCUGGGACUAGAGGCGUACACCACAGUAUGGGAGGAAUGUCUCGCACAGGUGCUGUUUCUUCCCGGACAAAACCGAUACACUCGCGCUAACUUAGCGAGCAAGAAGGAUCGACUAGAGUCGGCCGAGAAGAGGUUGGAACAGAACAGGAACCAUAUGGCGAAAGAAGCUAAGAAAUGCUCGAAAAUGGAGAAAAAGUUAAGAGUGCUUACAGGUGGUUACCAAAGUCGAACUGCUUCACUAAUAAAGCAGUUUCAGGAACUGCAAGAUCAAAUAGAGCAAUCUAAUUUAGAAUUAUCAACAUUCAAAUUUCUCGCUGAGCAAGAAAAGGCAGCUAUACCUAGACGAGUCGAGUCUCUCACUGAAGAUGUGAAUAGACAAACGGAGAGAGAGAAACAACUCCAGAAGCGCUAUGCCGAACUACAAGCAGAGUUGGAAGAUAUUCACAAGGGACGUCUGAAUAAGGAAGGACAAACAAAACAAGUGGAACCAGAACUUUCAUAAAAUAAAUUAGUUAAUUAAUUAAAGAGUUAUUGAAAAAAACUUUGGAUUUUAUAAUAAAAUAUAUCACAUGAGAUUGUGAUCUGAAUACAACAAUAGUCUUAGGUUAAAGUUACACUGAAAUGACUGCAAAUAAACAAUUGAAAUGCUG